CUGGAUCCACCCCCUUCUGGUUAAACCUUCCUGGCUAUAUAGAAGGUACAGACCACAGCUGGGCUGGCUUAGUCUUAGAAGCUUCCUUGUCUUCUUGCCUGAAAGGUGAAGGUCUUGUCUAGUUUCCUCUAUCUAGAUCCUGACCCGUCUUAAACAAUGGAACAGCUGAGUGUGGCGAAUAACCGUUUUGCUGUUGAGCUCUACAAGGAGUUGGUUGAAACCCAUCCAAAAAAAAACAUCUUCAUCUCUCCAUUUAGCAUUUCAACAGCUCUGGCCAUGGUACUUGUGGGAGCCAGGGGUAACACUGCGGCACAGCUGUCUAAGACCUUUCAUUUUGAUGAAGUUGAUGAAAUUCAUUCAAGAUUUCAGAGCUUAAACACUAGUAUUAACAAAAGUGGAACUUCUUACAUCCUGAAGCUUGCAAACCGAUUAUUUGGAGAGAACACAUACAAUUUCCUUUCGGAAUUCUUGAAUUCUACCCAGAAAUUGUAUGGGGCUGAGUUGGCCACUGUCGACUUUCAGCAUGCUUCAGAAGAUGCAAGGCAGAAGAUUAACCAGUGGGUCAAAGAGCAAACAGAAGGUAAAAUUCCAGAGCUGUUGGCUUCAGGUGCAGUAGACAGCCUGACUAAACUUGUGCUGGUGAAUGCCAUCUAUUUUAAAGGAAAUUGGGAAGAUAAAUUUGAUGAAGCACAUACUACUGAUGCACCAUUUAGAUUAAACAAGAGAGAAAAAAAAUCCGUGAAAAUGAUGUAUCAGAAAAAGAAACUGCGCUAUGGUUACAUCGAGGCUCUCAAGUGCCAAGUACUAGAACUUCCUUACAAGGACAAAGACCUGAGCAUGAUCAUUCUGCUGCCAAAUGAUAUUGAGGAUGAUUCUACUGGCCUGCAAGAGAUUGAAAAGCAACUCACUAUGGAGAAGUUGACAGAAUGGACACAUCAUGAUAAUAUGCGUACCACUGAUGUUCAUGUACGUCUGCCCAAAUUCAAGAUGGAAAACACCUAUGAGCUCAACUCAGAUUUAGCACAAAUGGGUCUGUGUGAUCUGUUUAGCAGUGGUAAGGCUGAUCUGUCUGGUAUGUCAGGAAACAGAGAUCUCUUUAUCUCCAAGAUUGUCCACAAGUCUUUUGUGGAAGUGAAUGAAGAGGGCACUGAGGCAGCAGCUGCCACUGCAACCACUACAUUCCUUUGUGCGAUGAGGCCUGAAGAAGAAUUUACUGCUGACCAUCCAUUCCUAUUUUUCAUCCGUCACAAUCUCUCAGGAAACAUCUUAUUCUUUGGUAGAUUUACUUCUCCAUAAAACAUCUGGAAAUGCAAAUUGAGUAAAGAAGACCCAAUUUGUCAAUCUGAAUUUUAAAAUCAUGGGUCAUUUGCUAUAUUGAAUUUUCCUAAUAAAAUUACUGUUCAGAAACACAUUUUAACAUUGUCUUUACUAACUUCAAUUUAUUUGCUGAUUAAAUUCAUGAAAUUCCACACAUAUCCAUUUCUGUAUUUAUCUUUGUCCCAAAGCUGUGAAUGUUUUGUUGAAAUGAAUCAGGUAUUGUUG